GCCUAUGUAAGAAACUCUUUCCACUACCAGUGGCUUCGGGGUAGAGUUAUCCCGAGCUUACCUGUAUUAUCCAAGUGCGCCUUUUGUGCACCCAAGGGCGUAGCAAAUCCUAGGGAGUGUGAACCUCUCAAGUCAAAACCAGUGCCGCCCCAUCCAAGCCAAAACACCCACAACUUCAAGAUGCCCACCCCCACCCCUCCGCAAACGAAGAAAAGACUCCUCAAACUCGCAGCCGUUCAAGCCUCCCCCAUCUUCCUCAACAAGAAAUCCACCACCGAAAAAGUCCUCUCCCUAAUUCUCGAAGCAGGGAAAAACAAAGCAGACAUCAUCGGCUUCCCGGAGACCUUCAUCGCAGGAUAUCCAGGCUGGGUGGAGCUCCUACCUCUCGCCACGGACCCCGCAACCUCUCUCUUCACCAGACUGUUCGCCGAAGCGGUCGAAGUGCCUGGUCCGGAAACCGAGGCGAUCGGAGCUGCUUGUGCAGAAGCGGGGAUUUAUGCGGUGGUGGGGGUCAAUGAGAAGAGGGGAGGGACGACGGGGACGUUGUGGAAUACGCAGCUUUUCUUUGGACGUGAUGGUGAACUGCUGCAUAAGCAUCAGAAAUUCGUUCCUACGAAAGGGGAGAGGGUGAUUCACGCCCCUGGGACAACUGGGUCUAAGUGUUCGAUGGUAACGGAGUUUGGCUGCGUAAGCAGCCUGAUAUGCGGUGAGAACGGGAAUCCCCUUGCGCAGUACUGUGUUGGGUUGGAGUAUCCAGUUGUGCAUGUUGCGUCCUGGCCAAGCCAUUUUACGCCUGGGGGGAGUGUGAGGGAUGCGAGUUUGUUAUAUACGAAGGCUUUAGCUAGCUCGUUGGGAUGUUUUGUGAUUAAUUCGGUGGCGGUGGUGGAUGAGGGUGCUGUCCUGGCUUAUGGUGUGAAUGAGGAGGCGAGAGGGUUUCUGGAGAAAGAGAGGGAGAAGAGGGGGGCGACGAUUGUGGGGCCGUGGGGGGUGGUGCUUGCUGAUGGGGCAGGUAAGGAGAAUAAGGGCGAGGAGAUUGUAUAUGCUGAGGUUGAUAGAGAGGAGUUGGUGAGAUUUAAAUAUGUGUUGGAUUAUGCUGGCCAUUACAACAGGCCGGAGAUCUUUGCGCAUCAUUUCAAAGAGUUUUUGUAAUCGUGACAUGUGGAAGUUAGAAGCUUGAGAAGACUGGUCGAAUAGAUGAGGAGUCGUGCUGCGCAGCUAGUCAAAGGAGACCAAGAGAACAUUGAAGUCUUAGAUCCUCAAGACAAUAUCUUCA